AUGUUGCGGGUACACUGCAAACGUAGUAAAGAGUGGCACAAUUGUAAUAUUGGUUGCCGCCAAGCUGCAAUCAUUCUAGACAAAGACGGGUUGGAAUCGGACCGGGGCGACGCUGCCCGAAGUCCGGUUACUCCAGCUUCAGAAUCAGAUUCUGUUGAUCUGGAUAUGCCAGCCGGUGAAUCGGCAAAUUCGCCGAUCGACGGAGACACAGCGCCGCUGAAUGUCUCAAACAAUGAAUCCGGUGAUGAGGGGCCGCGCAAGAGAUCGGCGAGCCCAGCAACAGCGAAUCAGUCGUCAUGGGGAGAUAAUCCUGCGAAGAAAAUCUGCACAGAAGGUAUCGAUCUCUGGGUUCAAUCAACGAGUGAGGCAACGGCAGUUCCUGAUGUAUCUCAACAGUAUCAAGAUAAUCAAGAUAUGCUAAUCACAAUGGGAUUCAAAUCCGAGGAAAUUGAUACAGCGUUGAGAUUGUCUAACAAUGACGUUGAAAAAGCAAUUCAGUAUUUGACACGUGAGAUCAGUGGUCUGGAUUCAGCGCCAAUAACUGCAUCUUCUUCUGUCGAAAAAUCAAAAUAUCCUCUCAAUGAUUUGGUACGAAAUCAAUUUGUGGAGAGUGAUGAAGAGGACGUCGCCGAAGAAAUGAGAACAGUGUGGGAUGAUGCAUCAAUGGCCAGAAUAAAAACAAUUCUGGAAAAUAAUCAUAAAUAUGUCAUUUUUCAUCAGAAUGGAACACUGCAUCGACGAUUGAUUGUGGCCACCAACAUCCUUCGAAGUGGAAAACACGAGAGAAUGUCGGAGGUUCUCAACUUCGUAGACGAGUUUAUGUCAUUUAUAAUUGGGCGUCAUGUAAAUUGUAGCGACGUGCGACCUGGUUUUGAGUUGUUACGGCAGCUCCUCGAAUUGCAGCCACCGUACAUUGGAGAACCAGAAGCACAUGCCAUCGAACAGUUUUAUAUUGCUAUUACACCGAUGCUCUGCGCCCGUCUAACUAUCACACCGAGCAGCGUCAAAACAGUUCUUGCCAUUGACGAAAUGUUUAACUUUCGUAACAAGUUUUUCAUCCAAGGAGUGCAGUACAUUGAUCUCCCAGAACGCGAAUUCCCACCAUUGAAAUAUAUCGACCUGGAACGGCUUGAAAGACUCGAGUACAAACGUAUUUAUGCAUAUCUGGCGGACGUCUUUGUUGACGCACUUAUUCCUAUGAUUGAUGAAAAAGUCGAUGCAAUCGGCGAUGAAGAUACAUCUGAAGUAACUCUUCUUGAUCUCCAAUGUCUCCUCCGGGCUCUCAACAUUUUUAGCAACUUCAUGCAUCGUGGAAACGAUUUAUUUCUAUGUAAACUAGAAACUUGGAUUUCGAAAUCUCUUGAUCGUUUUCGAAUUGUCAAUGACAAAGAAGUCCGUGAUGCUCUUAUUCGUAGACAAGGACUUGAUCUUCUCCAAGAAAUUGUGAUUUUGUGCGAUCGGUUCGGGCUUGAAGUAGCUACAACAACGCAGUCUGCACGUCUCAAUUAUCUUCGAAAAUGGAUAAAAUGCCCUCAAAUGGAAAGUAUAUUGCAUGCUCUUGAGGAACUAGGAACGAUCGCUGAUCGGUUUCACAGAACAGGAGGAAUGACUAUCACUCGCCCCAAAUCUCAUGUUAACGAGGAAUUUUUCAAAAAGUGGCUCGAGGAGAACAAAGUUCUUCAAAUUGUGCUUACCGGAAACAUGGAUCAUGUGGUGUAUGUUGAAAGAAUUCAACCAAUAUUACAGUAUAUGACACCUGAGCUGACAUUUGACGAUUUGAAAUUUGUUUGGUCUUUGCGAAAAGGAAGAAUGGGAGUAAGUGUGGAUAACUUCAAUAAAAUUAUGGAGUUCAUCUCAAAAUCAGUGAACAAUGAGCAAAUUGAGUGGCUUAUUGAGCUUUUCAAAAAAAGCUUCCGGAGCCGCGAAACUCGUCUCUACGAACCUAUUUUCAACUUUUCGUAUACAAUUGCAAUUCAAAAAGAUCGCGAUGACGAGUGCAAAUUAAAAAUCUGUAACGUCAUCUGGGAACUGAUUCAUAUCGCUCGUGGCCCACCAAGAUGUGGUUCGUUCAAAGCAAUUGAACAUGGAAUGAAGAAGCAUUGUGAUCUGUUGGGCAUGAUGUUCGACAAAUCGGAAAGAGAUUCGUUCUUAACAAACAUGAUGGACGGAUUAAAUGUAGAUGAAGGUUUCAACGAGAUUACUGUAGUGUAUUUGUUCAUUAUGCUUGACAAGUUGAAGCGUACGUUUACACCGAAAAGAUCAACGCAUGGAGAUGAAACUCUGUCCAGAGUCAAUGAAUUGAAAGCAAGCUUGAGAGAACGAAAACUGGCGGAUCCCCUUCUCGAUCGCUUAGAAAAUAUUCGUCACGUGGCUCACGAGCGUUUCGAGGCCUCACUGAAUGCUAACCAAGAUUCUCAGUCAAACGCUGUUUUUGAAUCAACAAAUGAUGUUUUCGGAAGUCAUCAUGUUGAUAACAUCCUCACCACAAGUGUUUAUGGAUGCACUGAUUACGGAUUCGUUCUCCAAAAUACUCUCCGACUUCUAAAGUGGCUUCAUGAUGUUGAUGCAUCCAUAGUUGAUGUAGAAUAUGUUCAAAGAUUGUUCAAGAUCUUCAUCGAACAAUCUGACUCCAAACCGCAAGAAAAAACUGAAAUUUUCGGAUUCUUGUUUGAGGUGAGAAUGGUUCUGAUGCGUCCGGAAACGUCAAGGGCAAUCAUUACUCAUUUGUGUGGCAUGGACAUUUUCACAUUGCAAAUAACUGGACUUCGAUGUUUUUGUAAGUACUGGGAGGAACUUCCAAUUCUCAGCAAUGAAGAGUCUCGGCCAGUUGAAUCGUUUAUAGUAAAGAAGGACAACGAAUGCAAACUGUUCGUCUGGAAAUUGAUUUUAUUCAAUCAAUUCGACGAUGUUGUUGAGAAAUGCAUGGAAACGUUCUGUGAAAGAGAUUUAGUGUUGGUCGAAUCGCCAUACUCCGUACGCCAUCACACCUACAGUUUUCUCUCCGUUUUUAGUUUUUAUGUUGAGAAGUUGAAGAGCGAGUUGUACAAAAGAAGUGGAAAGCCACUCACCGAAAUUUCAUAUGACACCACAGAAUUGACUAUGAAUGAGGAUGAGAUCAAGCAACAUGAUGUACCACUUGAUGGAAUGCUCACUGAGACGAUUGUCAGGGCUCUUAACAGACUUGUUCGAUUCAUGACUCGAUUUGUAGAAUUGGGAAACGAGAAAAAUCAUAUGAUUCGUGAAAAUCCAAGUCACGGUUCUUCGAUAUCAGGCCAUGCAGUCACUUUCAACAUUGAGUUGAAAAACGAUGAUGAUGACAUUGACUAUUUCCAGUGUGGCUUGAAUGCCUGGAAAACGUUGAUUUGUGAUUCGAGUACAACAGUCGGAGAGUUCAAAGUUCGUAUUGCGAAACGCCUUCACUUCCACGAGGGAAUGACCGAGUUCACUGUGCACAAAAGAGAAGAUGAUCUGACGAUGGGUGAAGCCAAUCUUCGUUAUGAUUUCCUCACACUGCAAAGCGUGAAACUUGCUUCGGAGACGGAUUCUGUAUUCCUGUCUGAAAAGCUUCGUAUAUUGGUAAAACCAAAUUACAGGAAAUCAUCUAACCGAAGAUCUGAUCUCCAGAAUCAUCAAUAUAGUCAGAAGAAGGCACUGCGAGAAGAUUUCCUGCCAAUGUCUAUCAUCUCAAAAUGCAAUUUUUAUGAUCUUUUACAUGAACUUGCUUCCAAUGGUGACAAGUAUAUCCGAGCAUCAGUUCGAAGGCUGUUGCUGCUGCUCCCAACUCAACCAUCAAUUCUGAAGCAGAUUACUUUUGGUGAUAUGGACGACGACGAAGAUGAGCCCUUGACCAUAAAGAUCAAUAACAUGUGCGCAGAAUACAUGACUCCAAUGGAACCGGGCCGAAUGCUUUACGCUCUUGAAGCCAUCAGUUCUGUAGUAGCUCCAACUCGACUCACAGCACAAGCCACCGAAGAUGCCACUGAAUUGACGAAUGCUCUUUUAGAAAUUGAUGUGAUAAAAAAUCUGACAGACGGUGUUUUAACGAAACCUAACGUGAUUCCCCUGAACAAAUGCUCACCUGGUGACCGACAUUCAAUUUUUGAACGUAUUAUCCAAAUCAUUCGGAGUGUUUAUACCGGCCGUAACACGUUCAUCAAGAUGAUUCGUAACGAGUUCCGAAUUCGUGAAGAAAUGAGAAAGACUUGUGAAAGAAUGCUCCAAAGCCGCCAGACACCACGUUCAAUAGAUCAACCUAUGGACUACGCGUUGACAAAACAGCAGAUUAUGCCACCACCAUGUGUUGAUAACCAGAAUAACCCAGCAUAUUCUUCAUCCGGUUCUGUUGUUCAGUUCAAGUCUUCGUAUAUCAAAAUUAUAACAUCAUUCAUGCAGCGAUGGGAUCUUCCGGAUUUGAUUGCAUUCCUAGAGAGCAUUCGAAACUUUCAAUGGAUUCACGUGGCUACAGAGAGUUUGUUGACGAGCGAAAUUGAACCGUUUGCGGAAACAAAUCAGAAUAAGGGAAAAAAAACGAGAGAAACAGCCAGUGAUUUAAUACGAGCAGUUGUAAAAGGAGAAAGAUGGGGAGAUGAGUGUCGUCUUAUCAUUGUCAAAAAAGCUUUCUCGCUUAUUCGCCACAUGGUUAGGGAAUGGGUUGGAUCACACGGUGACAUCGCCGCGCCACUUCUUGAAACAUUGUUUCUGAAUAAUAGUUGGGUGCAAUUCUAUCAGGAUGUUCUCGUGAAUUCUCAACAAGAAGCAUAUCGGAAGUAUGUGCAAGAAAAUAUUGUCAAAAUAGGAAAGGAUAGUUUCGAGAUUACAUGUGUCUCAUUGAAAAUGCUCCUCGAAAUGUUCAUGUCUCUCCCACUUCAUGAUGGUUUCACAUCUGAUUUAAAUGAGCUCCAACGCAGACAAAGACAACAUUGUGACGGGAUCGUUCAGACGGUUGUCGAGAUAUUCUACUUCGAAAGUCCACGAAGAUGUCGUGAGGAUCAGAAGGAUAUUGACUGGUCACAACUUGGACACAAGCCAAUUGAAAUCAUUCGAGAUCAGAUCAAAAGUCUGUUGGGGUUCAAACCAAGGUUCUGUACGACGAACAACGAUCUCGCUCUCACGGAAAAUAUAUAUGCGGCUGCAAAGAUGCGAAUGAUCAGCUGCCUAUUACCGUACUGCAGUCAAUCUGAUAUCGAAGAUUGCUCAAAAGCGUUUAUUGAUGCUAUCAUCAACGACUUUUUGUUUCCAGAACUUCCAGACAUUGAGGAUAGUAUGUUCGAAGAAGAAUCCAUUCGCUGGGAAUAUCAAGCAAGAGAAGCUGCAAUCCAAACGCUCAACGCAUUCUGUGAACGUAGUUAUAAAAACUCUCACCAACUUCUGAAUAUGUGGAGUAAGUUUAUGAUCGCUCAGAAGACUUAUGAUCCAUCCUAUCGACCGAUUAUCCGUGGACGGCAAUUCGACAAAGUUGGAAUGAAAAAUGAUGGUGGUACUUGCUAUAUGAAUGCAAUGAUUCAACAACUUGUUCACGUUCCUGGUCUCUCAAGGGAAUUGAUCGCACUGCAGAACAUUGAUCCUCAACUGCGAUGGGGAGAUAACACAGCGGCCUUGCUCUGCGAGCUGCAACGUGUAUUUGCUCAACUGAACUUUGCUCAAUGCCAAGCCAUCGUACCGGAAGGUCUUUGGAAAGAGUUUCGUUUCGAACCAGAUAUGCCACUCAACACAAAACAACAUCACGAUGCCAUCGACUUCUACAGUAUACUUCUAGACAAAUGUGACAAUGUCCUCAAAAAGUUGGAACUGCCCCCCUUGUUUCAAAAUCGUUUCUUUGGAAAGUACAGCUACGAAAAGAUUUGUUAUGGAUGUUGGCAUCGAUACAAAAGUCCAGAUGAAGAAUUCAAUUGCAUUUCGUUGGCCCUUAGUGGGGAUAAUCUUGAAGAAGCUUUAGAAAACUUCUUGGCCGCACAUGUUAUGGAAGGUGAAAAUGCUUAUCACUGCGAGAAGUGUGACGAGAAGAAAACUACGUUGAAUCGAACCUCAUUCCUCGAGUUGCCAAGUACAAUGACCAUCCAGCUGAAGAGAUUCACCUAUGACCUUGUUAAUAACAUGAUUCGAAAAGAUAACCAAUUGUUCCGGUUCCCAUUUGAAAUCGAUAUGACUCCAUAUAUGACAACAUCAAGGCACGUUCCUGAUGAGCAUGUGCAAGAUCUGUUCGACGAGAUGUUAUACGGAAAUGGUGAAGCGGACGAAGCACCGUCGCCUCCACAUAAGAAUGGUGUUGCGGAGAAGCCAAAUCUUGGAUCCGGGUCUGCUAGUACUCCUUCUCUCGAGUCAGCACAGAAGAAAAUGUUCCGUCGUCACCGUUCUUCGACGAUGCGUCUUUCUCAAUCAUUCGCAAACACUUCUGGUUUUGACACUCCUUCUCAGCAAAAGCCUUUGAUUUAUGAAUUAGUAGGAGUUCUAGCACAUUCUGGCAUAGCCACUGCUGGACACUACUAUUCAUUCAUAAAAGAACGUCGAGAGGAGUUCAGAGACUCGCCACAUUACAACAAGUGGCAUCAUAUCAAUGACAUGAUCGUUUCACCGAUGUCAUUCAAUAAUAUCGAAGAUCUUUGGUAUGGUGGUACUUUUACUCAAGAAGGCGUCUUCAUUGGAUUGGAUGAGCGUGUUCGACAUUGGAAUGCGUAUGUGUUGUUUUAUGAAAAGAAGCGUGACGAGCCAACUGCAUUGAUUCCUCGACACAUCAUUGAUAGACUCAAUGACGUAAAACCUAAAGUCACUUUCGAUGUAAGUGAUGAGAUCAUGGAUGACGGAGAAGAUAAAAUGAAAGCCGUACAGGAUGCAUUGAAGAAAGAUAUGAGUGAAGCAAGAAAACUUCGGAUUCGAAUGUUCAACUCGAUGGAUUUAAAAAUGAAGAAAUUCCUGAAUGACGAUUAUUGCAAGUUCCUGGAUGAUCGUGAUUUCUUUUCGUUCGAUCUGUAUCAGAUCUACAUUAAUUCUCUGUUGCCUUUACUGAAAAGAGAAGAAACAGUUGAAUAUACGGUCACUGAUCUCGACAAGGCGGAUUUCUUCAAGUUGGCAUUUGAGUAUAUCGCAUCCUACAUCAUCCGAGUUGCAUGGAUGAUGUUUGACGAGCAUCGUCCGAAAAACUUCCCACGUGCUGCAACCGACUUGAUAAGGCUGCUGCUUCUGCGUCAUCCAGAUAACAAAAUGUUCUUCUUCAAGUCUUUGGAAGCUAAUAACUCGGAAAUGUUAACAAGAAUGCUCGAAACGACGGAGCAUGAUAUCAGAGCUUCAUUUUGGCAUUGCAUGAGAUCUGCACUUCGUCUUUGGGUUCUUGAAAAUGGAAACAAAGAUGAAAAUAUGAUGGAGCCAAGCCCAGACUCAACUGAUCUCGAUGACGAUGACGAGGAAGAUGAUGAGGACGACGAGGAUGAUGAUUUGGAAGAUGAAGAUUCAGAAACCGAGGAAAUGUUUAGACAAGACAUGAUGCGUCCAAGCCCGAUGGCUCUCGUAUCACAACUUGUAAUGAAUCAAUCACGUCCACCACAAUUGAAGCCAAUGUUACCUGUGGAUCUUUCAAAAGCACGUUCUCAACGCCUCAACAUCGUCAGAAGAAUAGUUCAAGUUCUACCAUUCCGUAUUCAUCGAAUGGAAGGAUCCGGUCGCCAUUAUUCGAGAUCUUUAGUCGAAAUGUUAUACAUGAUCUCAAGGCUAAACGAAUUUGGAAAAAGCGUUCUUCACGUAUGCAAUGCUCUCCAACUUGUUGGUGAAUUCCUAUGGGAAGAUUAUUCUACGGUGUUCUGUCGCCUUCGUUUCUCUGAGGAUCGCAUCAAAGGGCUCGGUUUGUGGCCAUACUUGCCUGGUCUUUACUUUGAACUUCUUCUCGACACGAUGAACCGAAGCUUGUUGCACAUAAUCGAUCCUCAUCUUCAUUAUCGUCAUCUUUUAAUGACAACACAGGGCAAGUUCAUGAAUGAGUCAUUGGCGUUAUACUGUGCAUCUCGUGAAGAACAUGAAACAACCGAAGGAAAGUCUGUAAACGAUGAGAAAUCCUUACACAGCCGGAUUGUUCUUUGCUACGUUCGUCAGAUUCAAUUGAUCGUGAGAUCUGAAGUUCCAGAUGCUGCCCAAGAGUACAUUUUCAAUGCUUGCCAAAUUCUUCUCAAGGCGUUCUUGAAAGAUGUACAAUAUAUGUUCACUAGUAUUGAACAUUGGAGUCACGUGAUUGACUUUUUCAUUGAUCUUGCUCAACGUUUGGUUCGUGUUGAUCUCUCUUCUCUUGGAGCCUGCCUUCUGAAGAACUUGAUGUGGGUCGGAAUUGCAGAAGAUGACGAUACAGUUGAACCAGGGGUUUUGCCAGUGAUGUUGGAGUGGAAAGAAACGGAUUAUACCAAAUACCGUAAAAUGAAUGAAGCAUUAUUUAACAUUCGAAUCAUUAAGCAUCCAGAACUCCGUGCUGUUCUCCUGAGAUGUAGCAAACGGUUCCGUUCAAUAUUCAAAAUGUCAUAUGCCGAAAAUGACAUUGACAGUGAUGAACCAAUGGAUGAAAGUGAUGAAGUAAUGAUCGGACCACAGCUCCUCAAGAGAGCCACAAACUCCACUGAUCUGACAAGGUCUGCUGUUCCAAGUGCUUGCGCCACAGCCCGAGUGAUUGAAACGAAGGAAAUUAAUUUGGAAGAAGAUCUUAAAGCUAAUUUGUCUGCUGCAAGCCUUGAAAUGACAGAGCAACCUUCAUUGGAAGAAGUUCUGAGUGUCGAUUCCUCAGAAGAAGAUAUCAGCAUGAUAGCAUUAUCCGAAAAUCCCGGAGCAGAAGACAACGAGAAGUAAAGCGCUCUCUUUCGAAGCAUGAAAAUUUUCGAUCUUGGAAACUCGAAGAAAAUGUGAAGAGAAUCUGGAAAAAAAGGUUAUUUUCGCAACUCUUAUGGUCUUCUUGUCGGCAAUUGCCAUUGAUCGGUGUUCCAAAAUUAUUACACUUUUCCCCAACUUUUAUCUUGUUUUUUUCUUGUUCUAUUCGAUCUCUUAGCUGCAUUUCACUAUUUUGUUGUCUUUUAACGUUUUUUUCCGAGUUCCCAAGAUAUUUUAAUAUUCCACACGAAUCGCAGUUAAUUAAAUGUUACAUCACCAUGAUCGCGGAUGAAAUGACAUAUUGUAAAUACUCAUAUCAGGACUAGGUUCACAAUUUGUCCCGUGCAAGAAUUCAUUCCGUCAUACAUCAUUGUUUUUAUCCACUUUACCUGUUUUCAUUUUUUUUUUCUCUCUCGCAACAGUAAUCAUCCUAUACACCUCUCAUGCCUCCUAGUUCAUUCCUACCUAUUAUAGUUUCGCCACGUCAUUCAGGAAUGUUUGCAUAGACCGCUGCAUUGCUCCCGGCCUGACGAAUUGCCAUCUUUGUUCAAUAAUUUUCAGCUGACUGAAUUGUUAUCAAUUGAAAUAGAUUUAAGGUGUGUAUGUUAGCUGAAAAAUUCGAACAAAGAGAGCAAUCCCAGUAAACUAAGCUUCCUACUUAUAUGUAUUUGUUGUAGUUUUAUGUGAAAUUUCCGAUGACAUUCAUCGAUAUCAUAGCUCAAAGAAUAGUUUCAUCACAACGCACCGAUUAUUUCGAUGCCAUACAGAUAAACCCAUGUCUUGCUCGUGUAUUUCUAAUUUUAAAUUAUUUAUUUAUUUUCCCACGUGUUUUCAGCUCGACCAUUCGGUGUAAUUUGUGCAAACACCGUCACGCGCAAAUGCAAUCAUUUUUGCACGCGCUGCGGUGAAAUUCCUCUUGGGGAAUUCAAAUAUUUUUUCCCGCCUUUUUUGAAAAUUUUCGAGGCGUUGGUCGAGCUGAAUACUUGUGUUUUCCCCCUACUUGUUCCAUUUUAGAUUUCCUGUUUCCGGCCUAACAUGUGUUAUUUUCCCAUCGUUUUAGCGAAAAUUUAAAUUUUCUGCUUUAUUCCAUUCAUUCUUUCCGUGUCUUUUCCCAUUCAUCUCUCCCUUUUUAGCCUUUCUUUCCUCAAAAGCCUCGGCUAAACAUGUCGUUUGCUUUCAAAAAAGUGAAAAGGCUUUUCCUGAAUAUUAUCUCAUUUUUUCAUAUACGAAUGAACUGUAUUUACAAAA